AUGUGUCCAUUCAGGAACAAAGCCGAUGCCUGGGACGCAUACUACAAAAUUCAUCACUAUGUAUGGCGUCAUGAAGGGUACGAGACCGUACUACAAGCCUCGCUGUAUCUGUUCGACAAGACAACUGGCAACAUGAAACCGCUCACUGAAUUCGGGUUCGAUGGGGCUAUACCAUCGACGUUUGUAUCGCAACCUGUCAACUUCGUACCAGCGGGUACCAUGCACGCUCACCCAGGAGUGCGCCCAUCAGGUUCUAUACAGGGGAAUCGUAGGUCCGCAAACCAACGGGGUCCCAGAUCAGCUCCUGGCCACGCAUUUAACCCAACCCUUGCGAACCCUUACCCACCCUCGUGGGAUUUUAUGCCGCCACCCCCAGCUUUUGUCUCUCCAAUGGCCGACUCCUCUAUGCAAACUGGCAUCAUACCAGCAUCUCAACUUUCACCCGGUGCUGCUGGUGUAAAAUCCUGCCCACAAUUUUAUGGCCAAGCCCCGCCAUAUCUAUACAACUCACCCGAAAUUGCUGGAACAUCAAGAUCUUCGAGCAUCUCGACCAUGUCCAACACCCUCUUAGCGUCCUGUGGCUCCAGUUACGUUGCGCUAACAGAUGAUGGCACAACAAGCAUUCCGGGAACCCCUUACGCCUCUCACAAUGUGAGUACUUCAAGCGAACGUAGCCACGCGUAUCCCGGCACGCCAUCAAGUUCCCCAAGUCAAUAUGGACCCCUGGGCAUAUCUCAAGGAACCGAACGUGACCAAGGCUAUAAAAUCAUCAUUCGGCACGUCGGGCCUGGAGUGACUCCGGAGGACCUCAGUAAGCUCCUUGAUAAAAAGAUGCCUCGGUACGUGCAGCAUAAGAAGCCCAAGCCAGGUGAAGACAACAAGUGGUCUGUUACAUUUUCAAAAGAGGCGGAUGCCAAUAUAGCUGUAGAGAGACUGAGAGGAUGUUCAGAAUGUUCUUUCCAAGGGAAGAAAUUGCAGGUGAUACCGGACACUAGUGGGGCUGCUCGAAGACACAAGGGUAGCGGCGCUCCCAUCCUUGGUGCGAGCUCUUCGUCCACUGCCCGGGGGCCAACCAUUGUUGAUGGAUCUCUUCCAGGCUAG